AUGGAACUAAUAGUCAGGCCAAAAAGAUUGAAACAGAAGAAGCUAUUACAUGAACUUGGAGAUAUUGCGAUCCCAUUCAGUGUAAGCGGCAAACAGAAGUUUGGUAAAAGCGAUAAAACAGGCCAUGAAAUACAUAUAUUCGAUUUCAAAAGCAUUCUCUUAGCAUCAGAAAACUUCUCAUCCACAAAUAAGUUAGGUGAAGGUGGCUUUGGACCUGUGUAUAAGGGAAGAUUACUGGAUGGCCGAGAGAUAGCGAUCAAAAGACUUUCUAAAUGUUCAAAACAAGGCCUAACUGAAUUCAAGAAUGAGGUUAAAUUGAUUGCCAGACUGCAGCAUACUAACUUGGUAAGACUUUAUGGCUUCUGUAUCGAAGGGGAAGAAAAGAUGUUGAUUUAUGAAUAUUUGCCCAAUAAGAGUUUGGACUUCUACCUUUUUGAUCACAAUAAUAGGAUUUUAUUGGAUUGGAAAAGACGGCUCAAUAUUAUUCAAGGCAUAGCUCAGGGACUUGUCUAUUUACACAAAUAUUCAAGAUUGAAAGUGAUUCAUCGAGAUUUGAAACCAAGUAAUAUUUUACUUGAUCAUGAGAUGUGUCCAAAAAUAUCUGAUUUUGGCAUGGCAAGAAUAUUUGAGUUAAAAGAAUUUGAACAAGAGAAUACGAAUCGAGUGGUUGGAACAUAUGGGUACAUGUCCCCAGAAUACGCUCUUAGCAGGAUUGUCUCUGUAAAAACUGAUAUUUUCAGCUUUGGAGUAUUGCUACUAGAGAUUGUCAGUGGCAAGAAAAAUGUCAGUUUUGUUAAAUCUGAACAUUCAAUCAACCUCAUAGGACAUGCAUGGAAGUUGUGGAAUGAAGAAAAAGCCUUAGAGCUAGCAGAUCCCUCACUAAGUGGAACAUGGAAUGCAGAUGAAUUAUUACGAUGCAUUCAUAUUGGUCUCUUAUGUGUGCAAGAUCAAGCCAAUGAUCGACCUGAUAUGUUAGAUGUGGUUUCUUAUCUCUCUAAUGAAGCCAUUUUAUUAGCUGAACCUAAGCAACCAGCAUUCUACAUUAAUGCAAGGGAGAACAAUGCCACAUCACCUGCUAAUAAUAUAGCAGAAAAUUGUACAUGUUCUACCUGUAAUGUAACAAUUUCAGAUUUCAAAGGUAGAUAAAUUAUGUGAAUCUUCCCAAACUGUUAACUAUUACACAUGUUAAUUCGGAAAAUACAUUGUCAAUU